AGUGUGCUGACCACCUUUCAGAAGGUGGACACCAGCAAGAAGACACAAAAUGGCAACAGGAAUAUCAGUGAUUACUGUGGCAGCUGUGUUCCUCGUUGUGCUGCUGCUGAUGCUACUGAUUUGCAUUUCGGGUCAGAGAGACAAAUCUGUGCAGAAGGACCCCAAGAGAAGUAAGUCGACCGCAGCUGAAUCUGGACUGCUGCUGUAUCUCUAUCAGUUCCUUCCCUGCUCCUCCUCUCCUUCCCUCCCAGGUCCUCCCAGCUUCUUCCUCAUAGGAAAUAUGAUGGAGCUGACACACGAUCAUCUGCCAAUUCACCUGACCGAUCUGGCACAGCGGUACGGAAACAUCUACCGCCUGAAAUGUGGAAAAACAACCAUGGUGGUACUUAGUAGUAGUGAAUUCAUCAGAGAAGCACUGGUGAAAAAAUGGUCAGACUUUGCUGGAAGACCACUUUCAUACACAGGUGAUUUUGUGUCUGGGGGAGGGCACACUAUCUCUCUGGGGGACUAUAAUGAGGAGUGGAAGGCACAUCGUCGUCUCGUCCACAGUGCUUUGCAGCGUUGCUGCCAGAAAUCAUUGCAUGAUGUGAUUGAGAGACAUGCCCUGCAUCUGAGAGAGGUUUUGAUGGACUAUCAAGGCCGUGCUGUAGAUCUUUCGGAGGAUUUCACAGUGGCCGCCAGUAAUGUCAUUACCACUUUGGCUUUUGGAAAAGAAUAUGAUAAGAGUUCUUUGGAGCUGCAGCAGUUGCACAGCUGUCUGAAUGAGAUUGUUGCUCUGUGGGGCUCCUCCUGGAUUUCUGCUCUGGACCCCUUCCCACUGCUCAGAAAAUUACCCAAUCCUGUAUUUGCCCGUCUCCAGAAAGAGGUGGCCAAGAGAGAUGAAAUAAUAAGAAAACACCUCAACAAUUUCAAGUCACAAGACACAAAACAUGAGGAUGCCAUCACAGGAUCUCUCCUCCAGGGCCUUGACAAACAUCAGAACACAGACCAUGGAGUGCUCCUGACAGACGUUCAUGUUCACAUGGCCAUUGUGGACCUUCUCAUCGGGGGAACUGAGACCACUGCAGCCUGGCUGAACUGGACUGUGGCCUUCCUCUUGCACAGACCAGAGGUGCAGACCAAAGUGUAUGAGGAGCUGUCUACAGUACUAGAGGGACGAUACCCCAAGUACAGUGACAGACAUAAACUUCCUGUCCUGUGCUCUCUGAUCAAUGAGGUGCUCAGGCUCAGGCCGGUUGCCCCGUUGGCGGUGCCGCACAGGGCCAUCAGAGACAGCAGUAUUGCAGGUUACUCCAUCCCUAAGAACACAGUCAUCAUUCCUAAUCUUUUUGGAGCUCACCAUGAUCCUGCAGUUUGGACUGACGCGUACAGCUUCAAACCAGAGCGCUUUCUGGAAGGAGGAGGGGGCUCCACGCGUGCCCUGCUCCCUUUUGGAGGCGGGGCUCGGCUCUGCCUGGGGGAGUCUGUCGCCAAAAUGGAGCUCUUUCUGUUCACUGCCUACUUGCUGAGAGAUUUCAAGUUCAUCUCUCCUCCUGAGAGCGAGGCCUCUCUGCCCGACCUGAGAGGAGUUGCUAGUGUUGUACUCAAGGUCAAGUCCUACACAGUUAUAGCAUGUCCAAGACUAUAGUCUAAUACCUGCACUGCGGAGGGCGCAGUGCUUACAUGUUGA